AUGGUUUUAUGUCUCUUACCAGUUCUUCCUCCCGAAUUGAGACCGAUUAUUCAAAUAGAUGGGGGUAAAUUUAUGAGCUCGGAUAUUAAUGAACUUUAUAGAAGAGUUAUCUAUCGGAAUAAUACUCUUAUCGAUCUAUUAACAACAAGUAGAUCUACUCCAGGAGAAUUAGUAAUGUGUCAAGAGAAAUUGGUACAAGAAGCCGUGGAUACACUUCUUGAUAAUGGAAUCCGCGGACAACCGAUGAGGGACGGUCAUAAUAAGGUUUACAAAUCAUUUUCUGAUAUAAUCGAGGGCAAAGAGGGAAGAUUUCGCGAGACCCUACUAGGGAAACGGGUUGAUUAUUCGGGUCGUUCUGUCAUUAUCGUAGGUCCAUCACUUUCAUUACAUAGAUGUGGAUUGCCCGGCGAAAUAGCAAUAGAACUUUUCCAGACAUUUCUAAUUCGUGGUCUAAUUCGAAAACAUUUUGCUUCGAACAUAGGAAUUGCUAAGAGUAAAAUUCGGCAAAAAGAACCGAUUGUAUGGGAAAUACUUCAAGAAGUUAUGCAGGGACAUCCCGUAUUGCUAAAUAGAGCGCCUACUCUGCAUAGAUUAGGUAUACAGGCAUUCCAACCCAUUUUAGUAGAGGGGCGUGCCAUUUUUUUGCAUCCCUUAGUUUGUAAGGGAUUCAAUGCAGAUUUUGAUGGCGAUCAAAUGGCUGUUCAUGUGCCUUUAUCUUUAGAAGCUCAAGCAGAAGCUCGUUUACUUAUGUUUUCUCAUACGAACCUCUUGUCUCCAGCUAUCCCGGAUCCAAUUUCCGUACCAACUCAAGAUAUGCUUAUUGGACUUUACAUAUUAACGAGUGGGAAUCAUCGAGGUAUUUAUUCAAAUAGGUAUAAUCCGCGGAAUUGUAGAAAUUUUAAAAAUGAAAGAAUUCCAAAAAAGAACUAUAAGUAUACGAAAAAAAAAGAACCUUUUUUUUGUAAUUCCUAUGCUGCAAUUGGAGCUUAUCAACAGAAAAAAAUAACCUUCGAUAGUCCUUUGUGGCUCCGGUGGCAACUAGAUCUACGCAUUAUUUCGUCAAGAGAAGUUCCUAUCGAAGUUCACUAUGAAUCUUUAGGCACCUAUCAUGAAAUUUAUGAGCAUUAUCUAGUAGUAAGAAGUACAAAAAAACAAAUUCGUUCCAUAUACAUUCGAACCAAUGUAGGUCAUAUUUCUUUUUAUCGAGAAAUCGAAGAAGCUGUACAAGGUUUUUGCCGGGCUUAUUCAUAUGAUAUCUAA